AUGUCAGACUACGGGUCUCCGUCGUCGUGGGGAAGUGGUUAUGGAUCAGGGACGCGGCGGAAGAAGGUGUUUGACUAUUUCAAGGCGGCGAAUGAGCUGCGGCAGUCGUAUGCGGCGUCGUGGACGGCGCAGCGGAAUGCAGCCCGGGAUUUUGAUGAGGAGUAUUUGAAUACUCCUGGGGCGUUUCCGGAUGUUGAGAUCGCGCGGGCUGGGGGUGAGGAGAUGGUUAUUUUCCCCAGCUAUGCGAGGCGGUUGGAUCCGGAGCGGAUAGCGGAAAUGAAGAGACAAAAAGAGCAGCAGCAGCAGCAGCGUGACUCGAUCGAUUCGAUUGAUGAGUACCAUGGGCUGGAUGGGGCGGAAGAACACGACAUGCAGGAGUGGAAUAUCUUUGAUUCUGCAAAUGCUGUUGUUGCGGUUGAUGUACGGGGCUGGGCGUAUGCGCCUUAUCGUGGGCCCAUGACUCGGAAGCAGCGGCUGGUGGUUGCGCUGGCUCGACGAUUAAGUGGUGUACCUGCUCCUAGCAACAAUGAGACUGGGGACGGAUCGAAUCAGGAUGAGGAACGAUUACCGCGGAUGACUGAGAAAAGGGAGGAGGAGAUCGUCAAUACGGAGGCGCAAUCGAUCAUUCGAAAUGCCGACAAGGGCAAUGAGUUGAACUUGAAAGAGGCUUCGGAUACUCUUGAGGACAGUGUCCCUGGUCGCAGUCCACAGCGAACACCAACAACAGCAUCAGUUCAGUCUACGCAGUCGACACAGUCGCAGCUAAGCAAGGAUGAGCUUUCCAUUGCAAAUGCUAACCUUAUGCAACGGAUACGGCCAUUCCUGUCGAGCCCAAAGGCUGGGAUGGCGGUGACUGUUUUCUUUUUCAACGAUGAAGAAAGCCAGUCAAAGAAUAUCUUGACGAACGAGUCGGGACAUUUCUCUGUUCGAGCGUCACUGUCCUUCGUCCCUACGCACGUCCGUGUCCUUGCUUCGGAGGACCUUUCUGGUGUGAAGGAAAUUGAAAUCAUUGAACCCAGGGGGAUCAGUAUGAUCAGUGAUAUUGAUGACACGGUGAAGCACUCUGCCAUUGCGAAUGGAGCGAAAGAAAUGUGCCGUAAUGUAUUCGUCCGCGACCUGUCGGAGCUGACCAUUGAUGGUGUUACCGACUGGUAUACUGAAUUGGCCAAACUAGGCGUGGACAUUCAUUACGUUUCUAAUUCGCCAUGGCAGCUUUACCCACUUCUAGAUCGCUUCUUCAAGAUGGUUGGGUUGCCGCCUGGCUCUUUUCAUCUGAAGCAAUAUAGCGGCAUGCUGCAAGGCAUAUUUGAACCUACUGCAGAGAGGAAGAAGGGUGCACUGGAACAGAUUUUAGGGGACUUCCCGGACCGGAAGUUCAUCUUAGUUGGAGACAGUGGGGAGGCCGAUCUUGAGGUGUAUACCGACAUUGUCAUGGCGAAUCCGGGCAGAAUACUCGGCGUAUUCAUACGCGAUAUCACCACAUCGGAGCGCGCAACAUUCUUUGAAAAGUCUGUCAAGGAGCACACGCCGUCUCGCAUGCGCAGCACACCUGAACUGGUUGACCGUACCGAUUCGGCGCCCAACAGGCCUACAUUACCACCACGACCGCCGCGAACAUCAUCAGACCCAGCUCUAGAAACCAAAUCUGCACAGAGCGACGACUUGAUUGAUCUUUCGGACGAAACCCAAAAACCGCAAAACUUACGAGCGCCACCUACCGUCCCCUCGAAGCCAUCUUCGCUCCGCUCCGUUACAAAUACCACUGAUGUUACAGAAGGACCUAGGGAAGCCGUCAAACGCAAACCUGCGCCCCCUCUACCGAGACGGCGCGGCGGUGACUCGGACUCACUGUCACCCGGUGAACCUGCGUCGGGAAGGUCAUCUCCUGGCGAUACAGGACCAGGAUCGAAACAAGCACCGCCGCCUCCGCCUCCUCGCCGAUCUAAUACUGGAGCAUCAUCUAUUGGCCCUACUUCUCAAACGAGCGCAAAUGCGAAUCGUUCGGCUCCAGAUCGACAGCCAUUCCGCACAUCGACUACCCCUUCAUCUCGAUCCUCUUCUCCAGGAAAUGCCAGUCUAUACCCACCCCCACCGCGCACUCUCCGAUCAUCAGGAUCGAAUUCCUCACUUAACAAAACCAGCACAAACAAUUCAGAAUCAUACCCAUCGUCUCGAACUUCGACGAUGAAUUCAGCAACUCCUCGCAUUCCUCUAGGGAACAAACGGGAAGAGUUGUGGCGCAGACGCUGGGAACGAGCUAGCGAGAUUUUAGGUGAUAAAGGGGUGGUACUAGGUAGCUGGCGUGUCGGGACGGAUGCAAAGGACGUAAGUCUUUGGCUGGUCAAAGAGGCAAUGAAAGAGACACCGACUGGGAAGGAGAAAAUGAAGGAAGCGGAAAAGGAGAGCAGACAGGAAGUGUCUGGUAACGGCCUUUAA